AGCCGCACGUUGGAGGCCUCAAUCCUGGUCAUUCAUCUAACUAUUCUAUGUGCCAGCAUGAGCAAUCCAUGCAACAGAUUCAGAACCUGCCAAUAUCCCUGGAACAUCGACCGAGCGUUGGUUCCUUCACUUCUUCGCCAUCCGCCAGAAGUAUGGUUAGUACGGCUCCAUCCAGCAAUUCUGCAUCAAACUCUCGACAGCCACCUCGCAAGAAAAUCCGGUUAACGGAUAUUGAUCGUAAACGUAUCUGCGAGUAUCAUCUUGCGCACCCCAAGGUGAAACAAGAUGACAUCGCUCAGAUGUUUGGUGUUGAACGCAGCACUAUCUCGAAAGUUUUGCGGUGUAAGGAGAAGUAUCUGAGCAUUGAAGAGAGUGCUUUUGGAGUUAUGGCGAACAAGCAACGCGGUGGGAAGUUUCCAGAGCUGGAGAAAACCUUAUCGGUUUGGGCACGCAAUGUCUUCCAACAAGGUGGCAUACUAUCAGACAGUCUGAUCCGUGACAAGGCCAAAGAGCUUGCUCAUGCAGUCGGCAUAUCCGAGGUUGAUUUCAAGGCCAGCAGUGGUUGGAUCGAGAACUUCAAAUUCCGCAAUAUGAUCAAGCGUGGAAAGAUUAUAGAGGAAGAGGACGAGGGUCCCCCAGAUAUGGAUGAGGCGAUGGAAAACGCACACAAUAUGAACCAGCUUGAACAUCUUCCAAUUUUCAGCCCUAUCAGGGAGGAGCCAUCCAAUGCGAUACUGCAAUCACCGAUCCGUAUGGAUGGUCUUAUCCACGAUCAUAUGCGGAGCAAUGACCCUCAAUAUCAGCCUGGGAAUUUGCAGCACUCAAUGCUUUUACGCAGUCAGAGUACCACUAGUACCAGUCCUGUUCCGUCCGUGGCAUCUUCUGAUCGCAGUCGUCGUUCUCGACGUUCGUCUAUCAGCAUACGCCAGCCAUAUCAGAAUCCCCGACAGGGACAUCACCUACGAAGCCAUAGCCAUCAGGCACUCAAUUUUCCUCACUCGGUUUCGCCGGUCUCCAACCCGGUGACGCCCACCAUACCUCAAAUGACUGCUGAGCAGCCGUCGGCGCCUAUGAGCGUACGAUAUCCUUCUCCUCCAUCAACAUCACGUUCACAAAAAUCAUCUGAUCCUUGUCUUGAAGAAGCAACUCGAGCCCUGGAGGUCGUGAUGGGCUUCCUCAAGCAUCAGCCGGUGGGCUAUGUCGACGUCCAAGACUACCUUGUUAUUGGCAAACUUUUGGGGAAACUCGAGUCCGAGUCUGCCACAAGGCGCUCAAAGGAUCACAACUGAGUCGUCUUUUUCUAUCAUUCAUUUUGGCGUUCUUUUUUCAUUUUCAACAUUGCUACGAUAUUGGUGCGGAAGAAGUGCUUAAGCUUGGGAAUUUUGACAUGCGGUGAUCAAGAAU